AUGAAUCAAGAUGCAGUCAAUGCAUUCAGCACUGAUCAGCGUAAAGGCGCCGGCGUCGUCCACCACAAACCGGCUUUUCAUCCUGAACAUGAUGCAGCGGCUGAACCUACAAAUCCCAUUGGAUCAGCGCAGAGCAAUUCAGAAAACAAUCAGGAGACCAACGGUCAACAGGAAAAUACUUCACAGCGAAAAGGUACUGGUGUGAUUCAACAUAAGCCGGCCUUCCACCCUGAUACCGACCAAUCAGAAGCAGAUAGCGAAUCCAAAGGAGAACGAAAGGGCACCGGGGCCGUUCACCAUAAACCGGCAUUCCAUCCCGAAACCGAACGAUCGGAAUCUCAAGAUCACGAUUCAAACGGUGAACGAAAGGGCACCGGGGCCGUUCACCAUAAACCGGCGUUCCACCCUGAAACCGAUCAUAAUUCGAAAUCUGAUCACGAUUCAAACGGUGAACGAAAAGGCACCGGUGCAGUGCAUCACAAACCGGCCUCCCAUCCCGAAAUCGAUCAUAAUUCCGAAUGUGAUCACGACUCAAAUGGUGAGCGAAAGGGCACCGGGGCCGUUCACCAUAAACCGGCAUUCCAUCCCGAAACCGAACAAUCGGGAUCUCAAGAUCACGACUCAAACGGUGAACGAAAGGGCACCGGUGCAGUGCACCAUAAGCCGGCUUUCCAUCCGGACCACGACCAGUCUGAGUCGGAAUCCGAGAGUGAUGCAUCGAAAGGUCACCGAAAGGGCACUGGUACCGUACAUCACAAACCGGCAUUCCACCCGGAACAUGGUCAUUCGGAAAGCGAUUCCGCUAACGGCGAUUCAAAAGGCAAAGAAAGUGGCGCCGCACCGACUCACGGUCAUGCUGAUGGUAAAGGAAGCAAAGACGAGAACCCGUCACCCCGGUUUGGUGUCAAGUCUGGUGCACCGGAGCCAAUAGCAAAGGAGACUCAUUCGGAGGAAAGCGUGGAUAAUUCCGGAAAAGUCCGUCAUCCUGUCGAUAUGCCAGCUCGGGGACGCGGUAAACGAGGAAAACGGAAUCUUGAUUUAACUCACGGUUUUGGUCGGGGAAACGCAGGUCCAUCUGGACAGCAGAGUAAUGCGCCUAAAUGGGAAGUGUAA